AUGGCUGUGUAUUCAAAGAUUUCUGGCCCGCUGCUGCAGCUCCCACUGCUGCAAGCUCCCACAGCUCCCACUGCUGCAUGCACUGCUGCAGCUCCCACUGCUGCAAGCUCCCACAGCUGCAAGCUCCCACAGCUCCCACUGCUGCAUGCAAGCUCCCACUGCUGCAAGCUCCCACUGCUGCAGCUCCCACUGCUGCAAGCUCCCACAGCUGCAAGCUCCCACAGCUGCAAGCUCCCACUGCUGCAGCUCCCACUGCUGCAGCUCUCACUGCUGCAAGCUCCCACUGCUGCAAGCUCCCACUGCUGCAAGCUCCCACAGCUGCAAGCUCCCACUGCUGCAGCUCCCACUGCUGCAGCUCUCACUGCUGCAAGCUCCCACUGCUGCAAGCUCCCACUGCUGCAAGCUCCCACAGCUGCAAGCUCCCACUGCUGCAGCUCCCACUGCUGCAGCUCUCACUGCUGCAAGCUCCCACUGCUGCAGCUCCCACUGCUGCAAGCUCCCACUGCUGCAGCUCCCACUGCUGCAAGCUCCCACAGCUGCAAGCUCCCACAGCUGCAAGCUCCCACUGCUGCAUGCAAGCUCCCACUGCUGCAGCUCUCACUGCUGCAAGCUCCCACUGCUGCAGCUCCCACUGCUGCAAGCUCCCACUGCUGCAGCUCCCACUGCUGCAAGCUCCCACAGCUGCAAGCUCCCACAGCUCCCACUGCUGCAUGCAAGCUCCCAUUGCUGCAGCUCCCACUGCUGCAAGCUCCCACAGCUCCCACUGCUGCAUGCAAGCUCCCACUGCUGCAGCUCCCACUACUGCAGCUCCCACUGCUCACCGUGUAG